AUGUUUUCCGCCAAGCUCCUCACUUCCUUGACCUUAGUCUUCCUGGUGAUCAAUGCUGUCGCCGGCAUGAACUCCCAAUGUUCCCAAUGGAAAGCCGAGCAAGGCAACAAGAAGGGAUCCAAAGUAGUCAUUGCUAAACUAAUGACCACUAAAAACAAGAAAUCCGGCUCGAAGCCUCGCACAAAGCCACUCAUUGGACCUCCCAAGGGUCAGGCUGGUAGUAUCAGCAGUGACGACGAAGCAGUCUGCCCCGCCUUCGCCAAAGGUUAUGUUUCCGAAGACGUCCAAGGUCUGUGUCUCUGGACUGGAGAAGCCCAAGGCGAAUUGAAGAGAAAAGGUGUUUACGCUGGUUGGGUCAGAGGUGAUCACACCGAAAAUUGCGCUAGAGACAUUUCUUUAACGAAGUCCAACGGCCAAAUCGUACACGCUCCAGUGAUCGACGGUUGCAGGUUUGCUGGGGAAGGCGAGACUAUUACUGAAGAUGUGGCAUGCAGGAUGAUCUGGGUGACCAAAGCUACCUUGAAAGCUCUUGGUGCCCGACCCGGACAGGAGUCAAUCGCCAUUCAAGGCUGGGACUUCACCAACGGGAGCAACUGA